AUGUGUACGUACAGUGAAGCGAACGAAGCCUCCGAGCACGACGACCAUGUCGCAGGAGAGCAUGGACAUGCCCACAGAGCAUCCGACAAUGCACAGGCGCACGACCACGCACACUCUCACGAUCAUGGUCACGCACAUGAAUCCCACGGGGAUGACUCACAUGGGCACUCGUACGGGGAAGGCGGGUGUGGGUGUGGCCAUUCACACGGUAUGGACGGGUCAGGCACUCUGUGGGACGACAUAGUUCACGAAGUCACCGACAUGUGUCCGUGGCUGAUCAUUGGCCUGGUUGUGGCUGUGUUGCUGCAGGUGCUGCCGAUCAUUCCUUCGGACCUGUCGGUGUAUCUGGGGGGCCGAACUCGCGCCGGCAGCUUUGGGUUGUUAGAUGCAUUCUUUGCCAGUGUGAGGGGAGCUGUGGUAGGCUUGUGCGUACCGCUGUGCUCGUGCGGUGUGCUGCCCUUUGCGGUGCUGCUGGCUAAGCAAGGGUGCUCUCCCGCUGUUGUAACGGCGUUUGUGACGGCCAGUCAGUCGGCAGGGUUGGACAGUGCCGUGGUCACGUAUGGCGUGUUGGGCCCGACAGCAACGGCUGCUCGCUUGGUAGGGGCUCUGUGUCUUGCGAUAGCCGGAGGUAUCGCAGCAACCUCGUUCGCUGGGAAACCAGCCAAGCCCGCCUCAAAGGACACAGUAGCCCUUGCAGCCAAGAGCAAGGGUGCGUGUAAAGCUGGAGAGAAAGACGUACAAACUAAAUCAGAAGCGGAUGAAAAAGCCGUGCACGACCACGCAGACGGGGAGGGCCAGGGGCAUGCACAUGGAAAGGAAGCAAGCAAAGACACAGGCAGCAACUGGGUGGGCGAUGACUCCGUUGACGAGUGCUGCGAUUUUGAUAGCGAGGCAGAUACUGAGCCCAAGUCGCUCUUCUACCGUGUAUUUAUCAACCCUUUCAAGCUGUUGCUCUCGACCUUCGAAGAAAUUGUGCCGUGGUUGGGUUUCGGGCUGGUGCUGAGUUGUGUGUGCACGCGAUAUGUGCGCGAGCCUGCGGCAGACGCUUACCUGGCCAUCACUGAACACGUGGGCGAAAACUCGCCUGUAGUUCAGGAAGCGGUUGCUGUGCUAAUGCGGGGGGCCGUGCUGGCUGCCACCAUUCCCCUUCAACUCUGCGAGCACGCCACAGUGACGUUCACCCGCGCUCUCAAGCAGGCUGGCGCAUCGAAUGGCUUGGCCUUCGGGUUUCUGUCGCUCACGCCGAGUGUGAACGUAGCCACGCUGGGCGUGCUACUCAAAGGCUUCCCCGCCUCCACCGCGGAGACCUCUGGCAUGCGCGUGGUGCGUGUGUGUGUGGCGCUCGUAUCCACGGCUGUGCUGCUGAGUCUGGCUGUGGACCACUGGGACAUUGAGGUCAUGCCAGAGGCAGAUGCAGCGGAAGAGCACCUGCCUGCGUGGCUCGUUGACGGGUUUUUAAUGGCUGCGGGCGUGCUGUCAGUGGCGUCUGUGGUGCGACGAAUGUUCUUCUAGUUUCACACUAGUACCGCACUGAGCGCUGUAUGUGUGCGUGCGCGCGGAUGUAUCAGUACAACCGAAAGAGUGUGACACCUUAAAUCGCACCACCAAGCCUUUUUGGCGACGAUCAGUUACUUGGUAUGACCUAAUAUGUAAAGGGUUUGUAUAGUGUAUAAUUAUAUAUAGUAGCACAAUAAGGUGUGGGGUACUGUUUAGCCCUUCACCAUGACCAAAUAUAGUAUGUAUGCUACCGGUCUCAGGAGAAUAGAUCACCGCAUUCGAAAUCUUUCGUGGCGGAUGAAUUGAUUGUUGCCGUCUGAUGCAGAGCUUGCCAUCGCAACGCUGAGUAUAGAGUGUAUAUUUUCGCAAAUGUGUGUACUGGUAGAUUUAGUACUCGCUUCAGCACAUUUUAAAUUGUGCGGUUGAUCUUUUAGCACCUGGUUAAUCGCAGGAGUUAUUUACAUCAUACAACAGCGCUCUAUAGGAAAGCGAACGAGAUCUUUCAACUGAGUUAAGUUUUCUAAUAGUAUAUAAAUGUUCAUGUCUAUUUACAUAAAGAGUACUGCAUUGCGGACUUGCACCGUUGCUGUAUCAUACGGUAUAUUGUGAAUGAAUACACAUAGGAUUACACUUGCUUUGUAGGCAAUAAAAUAAUAGUUUCUCAAUUGACUCCAUUAAAUCAACAUGCUCUGACUUGUUGCAUACCUGUGAAAUCCCGAGCCUAGACCUGACAUACAUCAUUGUGUAAUGUGGAGGGGUUAGAUCAAAAUGGUUUGCCCUUCGUUAUUAUGUAGCUCAAUCGAUGUAUCCGCGGAAGUGACCCACAAAAG